AUGGACAAAAGCUCAUUUUCGGACGGUACUUCAUCACUCAGAAGUAAACUAUCAUACUCGUUGGAAAACAAUACCCAGUUGACUGAUAUUCCAAGCACACAAUUACGAUCACAAAGCUCCAAAGUGGGAUUAGCAAAAUCGUUGCAACUUUAUAAAAAUAAUAUUACUUCCGGCGAUCAAUCGGCAACUGAAGAAUCAGAAGAGGAUGAAGACCAUGUUCCUGGAGACAACUCUAGACUUGUAUCAGAAUCCAGUGACUGCGUAAAGGACCAGAAGGAACUGGUUUUGUGGGCUAAUAAGUUAGAGCUAGAAAGUGCCGACCUUAGGGAAACCUCCAAGAAAUUGAUUAAGGAUCUACGUUCAAUGUCAGAGGACAUCAAAAGAAGCAUAAAACAAUUUCAGGCUCUUGCGACGCAGUCCAAAAACAUCAUGAAAGAAAUGGAUACUCGUCUGAAGCUCUUUGGAUACAGGGAAGAGUCUCUUGAUGAGAGUACCAAUGAUGAUAUCAAAUCCGACACCAGAUUGAUACUUGACAAUCAGGUUCAAAUUUUCAGAAUGAUGGAAAGACAGGACAAGUUCAACAAAAGGUUCAUUGAGAUGCUGAAUAAAAACGCAUGGAGCGAGAAUCCACCCCUUGAUGACAGAUCUCUGCCGCAAGGCCCAAAGAAUGCAAGCAGAUCCUCUUCAAAAUCCAUCGGUACACACCAAGACGGUCCCGCUAGCAAAAAACAAUCCUCUGUUGCACCCUAUUCCCGAACACGCUCUGCCAAAAGCUCCAUACAUUUCAGUCAGCUCGAAUGA